CGACUACAUUUCCAAGCAUUAAAGUGACAGGCUCACAACGGCUGAUACAUCUCCUCUCAAGUGUUCUUUGAUAUCUUCCCUCGAACCAAAGCGACACAGCGGAGCUGGACCUACAAUCUUCAACAGCGAUCCGGGAAGUCCGGCUACCUACCGCACACGUGUUGUCAGCUCGCUGAGUUGCGGUGCCUACGUUCUAUCGAGAAAGCCGUUCGAGACACCAAAACACCUACCAAUCUCUAAACUACCCCUUACUUCUUCAACCUUUUCUCACAGCAGCGAGAAGCUCAAACACAGACGUGUCUGCAAGUCUGCGUAGGAUCGCGUGGAAUUGAGGCAGUUUUGAGACACUAGACCCGAUCGGGACGCCAUUACUGUCGAGCACCUUGUUGGAGUCGACAUCUGACAAACGGUCAAGCACGUCAGAUACAUAGCAAAGAUGCGGGGCAGGUCGGCUGUGUCUCUCUUGCUGGCCUCUCUGUUCUCUGCAAUCAGAAUCUCUGCUUCAGAACAACAGCCAUUCGAGUUUGGAGAGAUGUCUGCACCACAGUACACGCUGCCUAAGCUGCCCUAUGCAUACGAUGCAUUGGAACCUCACAUCUCCACCCAGAUCAUGGAGCUGCACCAUGGCAAGCACCACCAGACAUACAUCACGAACUUGAACGCUGCUCUAAAGACACAAGCCGAGGCGGUACACACGUCAGACAUCACAGCUCAAGUCGCUGUCCAGCAAGGUAUCAAGUUCAACGCUGGCGGACACAUCAACCACUCCCUGUUCUGGCAGAACCUUGCCCCUGCCAGCUCAGCUGAAGCUAAGAGCUCUGCUGCGCCCGAGCUUGUGAAGCAGAUCAAGGCCACAUGGGGCGACGAGGACAAGUUCAAGGAGGCCUUCAAUGCUGCGUUACUUAGCAUCCAGGGCAGUGGUUGGGGCUGGCUGGUCAAGGUCGAGACUGGCAAGGAGCAGAGGCUCGCCAUUGUCACGACCAAGGACCAGGAUCCGGUGGUUGGCAAGGGAGAGGUCCCCAUCUUUGGCGUCGACAUGUGGGAGCAUGCGUACUACCUCCAGAAUUCUGAGAGCUUUUACUCACUGAAGUAGUACUUGAACGGCAAGGCCGCGUAUGUGCAGAACAUCUGGAACGUCAUCAAUUGGAAAACCGCAGAGGACCGCUUCCUGGGUUCGCG